CGUCUUUAUGCUACGCUUCGUACGAUCGUUGGUUGGUCGCGAGAGAAGCGAGCGAUCGUCGUUCACGUUCGCAUGUCGUACGUUACGCGACGUCGAGCCCGCAACGGCAGGUAACGUCCGUUCGUGUGACCGCAGGACGUUGCUCGACUAGAGAGAAAGCGAUUUCCGUUGCAAGCCCCAAGUCGUCACCGCCGCUUCGUCGUCCGAAAACGGCAACCGCCGUCGAAUUCGGAGCGUAACGCGUCGCGUUACGGUCUCGUGGACAGUCUGCGUUCGUGUGCCUUGUGCGUGUGAACCUCGCAUGUUUCCUCGGUCGAUAUUCCGCGAUAUUUUAUGCAAAUCCGUAUAAUUUCAACGGGCUCCGAUUUCUUUUUUUUUUACAUCAUCGACAGCGAUACAAAAAUAUAUUCUAUGUUGAUCCGUGAUAAUGCGUUAAUUUAUCAGUAUAUAUAUAUAUAUAUAUAUAUAUCAGCGUGUUGAGCAUCACAUUCUAGAUGAACUUAUAAUGUACGAGAAAAUUUGUGAGUCCGAAUUUGUAGGAAAAUAUUUGAAGGAUAAAUGUUGUUAGAUAAUCCAAGAACGUACUUCUAUAUACAAUUAAUUAUAUUCAGUCGUACACUCAGUAUCGUAAGAAGAAACUUGAUUCUAAAAUACACAUUCGAGGAUAUAUCGAACAAGUCGAGAUGCAUCGGGUGACUUUCUGAAUUGUAAAAUAAUCACCGAAACAGCCGGCGAUUGUGUGCACUUCAAUCCGAUGAAUUAUCGAUAAACGUCGAUGCUUAAUAAACAUAUAUGCAUUUAUAAAUCUUUCAAUGUGUCGUUUGUAUUGCACGACAUAUAAACUUGUAAACAGAAUUCUGUUACUAAUUACAGAUCGUACAAAACGGAUUGUAGAUUGUAACGCAUGCAUGAACGUGUAAAAGGUAUUGUUCUUAUGCGGCUGAUUCUAUUUUUCUUCACAUUUAGCUUCUGUUUGUUAAAUCUUCUGGUCUGAGCAAACACCGAAAAUAACGAGAUUUAUAGCUGGUUCGGCACUCGCUUCGUUCGUUCAACGGUGGUAUUCGCUUGGCGCAGUGAAAUCUACGUUCAAUAUGGGAUAUUGCUCAAGUGUUACAUUCUUUUCCGCGUAUUUCCUUCACAGCCGAGUCGUAAAACUUCGGAGAAAAUUCGACAAAAACGCGAAAAAGGCGCGCAAAAAUGCUCACUCGUUCGGUUUCUUCGUUACUCUUUUCUUUUUAUCUGUUAAAUUCUCCUAACGCUCGGCUGUCAUAGUAACAAGACACACGUGUGAAAGAUAUGUUAAAUAUAAAACACCUUCGCCGUUGUUAUCUCCUCAUUGUUUAACGUCAACGGCGACGCCAGCGUCACCGUUCCGACUACAAUCCGAUUUCGUCGCGAUAAUGUAUUAUCGUCGCGAUAAUCUACUCGUCACUCGGCGGUGAUGGAAGUCAAUAAAAUUGGCGGCGAAGGCCAUUAGCGGUCGAAGUCGAGUCGAAGGCAAGAAACGGGGACAUCCGGGAUAUUCCGCCUGACAUUAACGAUCUAAAUGAGCGUCGUCGCAAUCGGAAAAAUCGCAAUCAUACGCUCACGCACGCUUUCGUGAAUCGUCAUGACGUUUUUAAUCCACCGUGUUGCAACGUGAGUGCGCGUGCAUACGUCUUAAUUCACGGUGCGUAUGAAUUAAGAUGUGUACGCGUCCAUUGUGCCGUUACCGAGUCACGGAGAUGCGAUUGGCCAAGCCGAGCGGCAAUCUCGCUACAAUUAUCUCGGCUCUUCUAUCGCGACGAUUGAUGAUACAGCACUUAUGACUGUACGUUGGAUAAAGCUAUUUCUUCGUUCGUCAUUAAACCGCUCAUACCCCGCGCUGUGAAGGUUACAACACGGACGCGUCGUACGAGAGAGAGAGAGAGAGAGAGACAAAGUGACGAGGUGCUCGUCUCUGCGAACGGCAUUCGGCGGUUCGUUCGCUCGUUCGUUCUUUCUUUCUUUCUUUCUUCCGCGCUGAAAGCGAUAAAGCGAAGCACUCGUAGCGCGUUCUAAUUGCUCGACGUAAUCCACGCUCCAGAUAGAUAAAUAUAAAUCUGAUACGUCUGCUGGGCUGCUUCGCUGACGAACCGAACUAAUGGCCAUACUUACGUUACGUAAGCCCGGCACGGAAAUAACGCGCGAUGACGGAGCGUGCGCGCGCCCGUCCACCGGCACAUUUAUCAUACUCGUCUCUGAGAGGACCCUUUUUGGCUUUGUCGAGUUUCCCGACGACUACCGUUUCUUGCAUCCUCUCCGCUACCCACGACAUUCGCAGCGCAACAAACGUUCACGCAGAAAGAGAGAGAACAAAUAAUGAAUAACAAAUAUUCGGAGUUCGUGGAAGACGCGGAGGAGCCAUCCAUUACGUCGUCGGAUCCAAACGAGCGGAAAUUAGCGCGCCAACUUCGUAUUAAGCGGCGUCUAGAGGCGCUAACAAAACAGAUACAAGCUGAAGAAGAGGAAAUUAUUGAGAGGACUCCCAUCGAGAAACAGAUCCUCGUUAGUACUGAACUCUUGGAGAAAUUGUCAGUUGAAGGAGAUGAAGUGGUAUCUUGUGUGAGAGUUGCAAACGAUGCUAGAGAAUUGCAACGACGAAAGAAAGAGCAGGAGAUUAGGGAAAUGUUGCUGCAAAAGCUCGAAGAAGACGAUCUGGAGUGUAUGAGCAGAUAUAAAGAUAUCAACGACAAGUGGUCGAGUAUUCUCGCGUCUAAAGAUCCGUUGGACAUGCACGCGGAGAUGGAGGCUCAAAAUGCCAGGUGUUUGGAAAUUAUGGCGAGAAAAGACGCGGUUAUUGCGAUGUUGCGACAGGAAUUGGAAAACGCCGAUCUCCAAUUUGUCACCGACCAGAAGAGUCAGAACGAGGACAUAGAUUUACUGAUCGACCGAAUGGAUAAACAAAUCAAUCUCAUGGCGAAAGCGUACCGUCGUGAACUGUCGCUCAUCAAUGAAGUGAUCGAGUCGGAGCGUAAAGUGCUGGUGGAAAAUAUCAGGGAGAAAUGGGAGGCAAUGUAUAGAAAGUUACAAGAAAGUAACUUCGCGGGACUGGACGAGCGAGAAAAAAUAAUGCACGAUUACGAAGAGGAAAUGAGAAAAGUCAUAAUCGAGCAUCAGGAAGAAUACCGCGCUCAAAAGAUCACAUUCGAGCUCGAGAUUCAGAAGCUCCAGCAAGAGGUGCAGAACACGAAAGCUAUGUGCUUCAUGAACAUCGAGAAGCUGGAUUAUAGUUACGCCGUGCUUAAAUGCCGAGAGGACGAGAAUGCUAUAGUAAAGAAUCAGCAAAAGAGGAGGCUCAAUAAGCUUCAAGAUGUCAUUAAUGCCUUGAGGAGGGAUUACGCAGAGUUAGAAGAGAACACGAGAACUGAAAUAGAAAGACUUACUGAUCAGGUCGUGAAAGCACGCAAAAAUAUUCUGGAACUAGUAGACAAAUCAACUCACUUCACGAACAUUAAUGAUAAGAAAUAUAUGCAAAUUUGGGAUAUGAACAUGAAAAAUGCAAAUGAGUUGCUCGAUAAGAUUUUAGCCACUGAUAAAGUCAUAUAUGAACAAGCGUUAGGCAUAGAAUGGAGUUUACCGGAAGAAACCUUAUUGAGGAAAGAAGACUUGCCGUCCUAUUGUAGCGUGAUAUGUAACAUAGAAGAAGAAAACAGGUUGGCUGUCGAGAAAAGAUUAAUAUGUAAAUCUUAUAAACCGGCCAGCACCAUUGAAGAGAUCAACUUAGAAAGACGGUUAUUGAAUCAUAUAAUAAAGCUAAUCGCCGAUCGUUGCGAUUAUUUGAUCGAAGAUAAAUUGCUCCAGUUGCUUGUACCUUACACUGCGAAUGAUCAGUUAGUCAUACGAUUGGAUAAUGUAUUUCAGGCACUAAACAUUAAAUCCGAAGAGACCCUCGGAUUCCUCUUGAAUUUCUUUUUGCCUUACGCGUAUUGUCCCACAUGCACAAGCAAGGAUAAAAGCGAACCUGUUUAUGUCGAAUCUCCUAAAUCGUCUUCUUCGAAAGCAGACGUUGAGCAAAUAGAUAUCUGCGGUUCUCCCGAGGAAUUCACAGAGGACGAAGCUAAGUUGAUUGCAGCUGUGAAAGAAGUAAUCUGUGACGAAAAAUUGUCUACUCCUAUCGACGAUGCGCGUAUUACAAGUGCCUCACCGCAAAAUUCCUUGAGUGAAACGUUACUUCCUAUCGCGGAAUGUGCUUCAGUUUCUGUCAACUCUGUUAGCGAUAUCGCUAAGGAUGACGACGAAAUGCAACGACGUUUACUGUGCGAUAAAGGACAUUUACUGGAAAUCGAAACAACGUUCGUCAUAAAAGCCUUACAGGAUUUGCUAGAAAGAUAUCACUUUGUCAAGGAAAUGCCGCAGACUUUUCAGGAAAAAUUAAUAGCAAAGAAAGCGAUUGUGUCUCGAAAUAUGACUAUUGCAGAUGUAACAAAUUUUUGGAAGCGAUAUAGUGAAAUUUUCUCGGUAAAGAAGGAGCGACUUUGGGACGGAUUAUUGGUCGGACUGAGAAAGUAUCACGAAAUAUUAAAGGAACGAUAUCAGCUAAAUGCUGAAACAGAAUCAUUACGACGACAAAAUGCAGAGUUACGUCGUUUAUUGAAAACAUAUGUUAUUGAGCCUGGAAAUGAUGGUUUAUCACAAGAUAAUAUACAUCCAGUUAGUGAAACGAUUUAGGAUAAUUUCUCGUGAAUAAACAAGCUUUAAUUUAC